CGUGCGAUCGCCUUGCAGAUCGAUACAGUUCUCAGAUUGGUAAGUACGUAGUACUGAUCCUCCCUACCAUCAAUAGCCCCCAUCAGGUUGCCAAGCUGCGCGCGUGCCAUCCUACAAUCUGGUUUCCUUCUGUCUUCAAGAGCUAUCUGCGACGAUCUGGGCCUUGUGGGUGCAUUCACAGAUGCAUUCGAGACCUUGAAACCACUGCCAGUUAUAGGUGCAUCGUGUAGGCACCCUCCUUUGGGCAUCGAGCUUCGAGGGGACCUUCAAAAGUGUUUAGCCAGCGAUGCCGCCAGGCCCGCCGCAUGCUGGAGGCCGCGAGCUCCACGACGUACGCAGUGGCUGCGCAGCUCCCAAAUUCCAGCCAGUCUUAAACCGCAGGAGCCUGCGCCCCCGGCAGUGAGCACACGACAUCCUUAUACCCCGUCAUGGCCCGCCAUAGGAGACGCUGCUCCCCUCGUCUCUCGCGCCGGUCCAGGGUCUUCAUAUAUGUCACGAUCUUCUGCGUGCUGCUUUGCGCGCUCUUCACUGGGGCGUUCUUGAUCGCCGGGCUUGUGAGGUCGAAUCUGGGGAAGAUCAUCGACAGGGCUGCUGAAGGGGGGAACGGACUCGCGCUUCUCGGACAUGCCUAUGACGUCGACCUGCCGUCGCGGCAAGUGCAGAUCUCAUGGCUCAUCCUGGGCUGUGGCACCUUUGCCUCAACCGUCGGCACCUACGACUCGACGAACUGUGGAAGGUUGAACACGGCGGCAGACUUCUACUUCGAUGGCGCACAAGCCUCAAUCUUCUCUUACGACCCCGACACGUCUUUACUACACCGAAACGACACUGAUGGCCUCUUCUACGUGCAAGCGACAGUAGAACUCCAAACAGAGCAUCUCCUCGAAGUGACCGCCUGGUACGGGCAGGACCAGCAGUACGCCUACCCCUUCGAUGAAUACGUCCUGGACACAUACUUCCAGGCGCUCGACCCCGCCACGAACACGUCCCUCCCCACGCUCUUCGUGCGCAUCGCGGACGCGACGAACAACCUCCAGCCUCAGCUCGGCCGCAUCGGGAACGCGCAGAUCCACACGAACAAGCCGAUCGUGGACAACUCGACGGCGACGGCCGGCUUCGGCGUGCAGUACGUCUUCCACCGCACGGUGCUCAGCCAGCUCUUCGUCGUCGUCCUCUUCGUCGUGAACUGGCUGCUGACCGCGGUCGUCGUCUACAUCGCCGUCUCCGCGUACGAGGGCCUGCCGCUCUCCGAGGGCGUCCUCUUCCUCCCCGUCAGCGUCAUCCUCACCAUCCCCGCGCUGCGCGCGCUCUGGGUCGGCGCCCCAGACUUCGGCCUGCUGUUGGACUCCUGCGGCACGUUCGUGCAGAUGGUCAUCGUCUCCCUCGCGUCAAUCUACCUCGUCGUGAACGUCGGCCUCCGGCGGCCCCAGGAGGCGAAGGACGCCGCGGCGGGCGCGCACGCCCAGCACGACAGCGAAAAGGAGGCGGGCGUCCCGCUCCUCCCGGAUUACCACUAAGGCGGCGAGCCGACGCUUGCGUCGCCACACUGCGCCACCGCUUACACAGCAAUGUCCCAGGCCCCAUGGGCCUCACGAUAGUCGCGCGCGCCCUGGAUCUAUGCAUGGUGGCGGGUGCGAUGCAGACGUGAUCGGCGCCGUUGUGUAGCCCUUGCCCCGAAAAACCAGCGGCGCCCGGUGGGGAGACGGCGACGCGACCGACGACGACCUCCGCGCUCGCUGUGGUACAUAUCACAGUCGGCGCAACCACGAACAGCAAAUCCCCUGCGCCCCGCGACCGGGCGUCACAUCGACGUGGACCAGCUUUGUUCACAAUAGUGAUGUGCUGUGUAUGUAUUACUUAUUACGAACUGCAUUGCAUCCGUUCCCCUGCCUCCUGUCUUCCGCAUAUGUAUGAUAUCUCCAUCGAGUAACAACACACCUAUCC